AUAGUAGAUUAUCAAAUGAUGUUCAAAUGUUACGGAAUUUAAAUUGUCACAGUGUAGAUUUACACUCUCGUUUGAAUAUAUUUUAAUCUUGUCGAUAAUUUCAUUUUUCAACCUUUUUUCUAGAGAUAAACAAUAGACAUAGAAACAAGAAAUGUUGAUAAAAAAAAUCCUCCCUAUUUUCUUACUAUUAUUAUCGACAAUUAUUUUAGCAGUCAAUAGCAACAAAGAAGAAUCAAGUGUAAUUAUUGUUGGUGCUGGAGCAUCCGGAAUUGCCGCUGCAUCAAAACUUUUUCAAAAUGGUUUCAAAAAUGUCAAAAUUCUCGAAGCGGAAAAUAGAAUUGGAGGACGAGUUUUUACAACUAAAUUCGGUGAUAAUCUCAUUGAUCUUGGAGGACAGUGGAUUCAUGGAGAAGAAGGAAAUAUAGCAUUCGAAUUAGCUUGGCCACUCGGAGUCGUUGAGAGAGGAGGAUUAUUAAGCGGAUUGAAUUACUUAAUAAUUGAUUCCUCUGGAAAUUUAGUUAAUCAAACAAUAACUGAGGAUAUUAUAGGUUUAUUUUUCAAAUUAAAAGAUGAAUUAUCGAUCUAUUCGGAGAAAAACAAUGGAUCUAUUGGUGAAUUCUUCGUCGCAGAAUUAAACAAAUACUUUAAAGAUCAUCCCGAAUUGAAAGACAAAACCGAGGGAAUUUCACUUUUAUUUGACAUGAUGCAAAUGGGAAAUGAUGCUGGCGAUUCAUGGUGGGAAGUUUCAACGACAAGUAUUUCCGAAUUUAAAGACAGUCCUGGAGAUUAUAUGGUAAAUUGGAAAGAACGUGGAUAUGGGACAAUCCUAGAUAUUUUAAUGAAACGUUUUCCAAAUUCGGAAGAAGAAUUGCCUGUUAUGAACAACACAAUUUUAAAUGCAGAAGUUGUUUCAAUUGACUACUCGGAUUCAAAUGGAAAAGUUAAAGUAAAAACUGUCAAUGGAGACACACAUUCUGCUGAUCAUGUCAUCUUCACAUGUUCCUUGGGUGUUUUAAAAGAUAGACACAAUUCCCUCUUUCAACCUCCUUUGUCAGAAGAAAAGCAGAAGACAAUUAAGGGACUUGGAUUUGGUAGUGAAGCAAAAAUUCUGUUAUCUUUUGAAAAUCCGGUGUGGAUCAAUGACACUACUUAUGGAGGAUUUACUAUCUUGUGGAAUAAAGAGGAUAUCGAAAAACUUGAAAAAGAUCCAGAAAGAAAUUGGAUGUUGGGACUAGUUGGAUUCUUUUUCGUCGAACAUAAACCACGAUUAUUGUACGCAUGGAUAUCGGGAAAUUAUUCCCGGGAAAUGGAAAAACUUUCAGAGCAAAAAGUAUUCAAUCAAACAGUUGAGCUACUCCAUAGAUUCGUUGGGAAGCAUCGCGAAGUUCCAACUCCAACUGGAAUGAUUCGAUCCAUGUGGAAUAGUAACAAAAACUUUCUAGGAACCUACAGUUUUAGAAGUUUAAAAUCAGAUGCUGAUAAUUCCUGGUCUUCGAUUUUGGCAAAACCAAUUGACGAUACUAAACCGGUAAUUUUAUUCGCCGGAGAGGCAACGAACUCCGAACACUUUAGCACUGUUCAUGGGGCAAUUGAAACUGGCCAUAGAGAAGCUGAUAGAAUUAUUAAACAUUAUUCAAAUUAGUCAAAAAAUUAGAAAAAUAUUUUAAAAUUUACUAGAAAAAUUUCCACACAAUUUCUUAUCAUAUUUUAUUAUUUAUUUGUUUCCCUUUUUGAUGAUGAUAUUAAUAAUGUUGUUUAUUCUAUUAAAUUACAAAAAAUCCGGAUUUUGUUACUUUUUCUCCCUGAAAUUAAAUAAAUAUUUAAACACG